UAUCGCGCCUCACGAUUCGCGUUAUACUCGAUCCGCGUGCGAUGCGUGUCAAGUCAUCUCCCAGGCCCGCACCUGCAGCCGCGUCUCAGGGAACCGGGAGAUUCGCGAUCGUAUAGCGUAGCGCGACUUGUCUCUCGUCUCUCGCGUCGCGUCUCGUCUCGUCUCGGCUCGGUGUGAAGGCAAAGUGCGCGUCACUUACGUACGUCAGCCCGGAAAAGAAAUGGAGGACGUUUUGAACGAGGUCGUCUCUUCCGAGGAUUUGAAGAAAUUCGAAACUGUAUACCAUGAGCAGUUGCACUCGUCGUACGUUACGCAGAAAGCUCAGUUCGAGUAUGCCUGGUGCCUUGUGAGGAGCAAAUAUUCGGCGGACAUUAGGAAAGGGAUAUUGCUGCUGGAGGACCUCUACAGCAAUCAUGACACGGAGAAGCGUGAUUGCCUAUACUACCUGGCCAUUGGAAAUGCCAGGAUAAAGGAAUAUUCCAAGGCGCUCUCAUAUGUCAGAGCAUUCCUCCAGAUCGAACCCGGAAAUGUGCAGGUGCAAAAUCUGGAGACGUUGAUAAGGAAGAAGAUGGAAAAAGAGGGCCUUUUGGGUAUGGCUGUCGCGGGAGGUGUUAUUAUCGGUGUCGCAAGUAUUCUGGGCCUGGGCAUUGCGAUGGCAAAAAAACAUUAGCUACUCCCUCCCUAAAGAAUUAUUAGAACUGUGACUAUACAAUUACAAUUGUGAUGUAACUUGUUUGCGCGAAAUGGUGUGUAACGUGAGUCGUAAAUGCCGUUUGGGACAGCGACGAGUCUCAAAUGUACUAGAAACGUUGACCAAAUCCAAUAAAUAUAAUUUAUAAUGUAUUUUUUCUAUUUAUCGCAAAAAAGGAGAGCAAAGAGAAGAAUGCGGGGUUUAAAAAUGUACGGUUUAUUUAAUUAUUUAUAUUAUUUAUAGAAUUAAUAAUAAUGUACGUGUUAUUUUAAACACUUCGCGCAAAAUGUCUUUUUUUUUUAAUGCUUAUCAAACGUUCAAUGGUCAAGUCAAUUUAAUUUCCAGUUCAUUCGUUGAAAUUAAUGCGAUUAUUUUCUUACAUUCCGAAGUUACAGACGAUUAUUUUUAGUAUGUGUCAUACAUAAUAUUACGCAUAAUACGGAUAUGGAUAUAUCAAGUGUAGAUAUAUGUAUAUCACAUGAAAUUUUGUAUUUGAAAUUUUAUUUAUACGCGGUAUAUUUAACCUAGACGUGUCAAAAACCGCUAAGUGAAAUUACAGAAUAAUAAGAAUAUAGCUUUUGUAUAUAAUUAGGGUUGUAUUUACAGUUGUAUACGCGGAUUGUGUUGUUAUUGGAUCCUUUUAAUAAAAGUCAAUGUUUGAAGC